GGCCCCUAGCUCCCCCGCUGCACCCGCCUACGGAGCACCGCAAGAUGGGAGGCGGGAGGAAGCGGCGCCGGCGGGACGGCUCGGACGCGCCGCCGGUGAUGCACCCGCGCAACCGGUACGCCGCCUCGGCGCCGGACUUCGCGGCUCUGGCGGCGCUCUACCCGUCCUUCGCCCCCUUCGUCGCCGUGUCCGGCGGGGGCCGCGCGUCCGUCGACUUCACCGACUUCGCCGCCACGCGGGAGCUCACGCGCGUCCUCCUCCUCCACGACCACGGCGUCAACUGGUGGAUUCCGGAUGGACAGCUUUGCCCUACUGUUCCUAACAGAUCCAACUACAUCCAUUGGAUUGAGGAUCUUCUCUCUUCCGAUCUCAUACCACGAAUAUCCAACUCAAGUGAGACAGUGAGGGGUUUUGACAUAGGCACGGGUGCCAAUUGCAUCUACCCUCUCCUUGGAGCAUCGUUACUGGGCUGGAGCUUUGUUGGAUCUGAUGUGACUGAUGUUGCUCUUGAAUGGGCUAAGAGGAAUGUGGAGAGCAACCCGCAUUUAGCUGGCCUAAUUGAAAUCAGAAACGCAAAUGAAGCACCCUGUUCUUCAAAGCCUGAAACAGUUGCUGAGGAAGCUGUCAUGGAGAACAUUUCAGAGCCAGUGGACGGUGUGGUGAGAUCAAUAGCACCUAUUUUUGUGGGUGUUGUGAAGGAUAGUGAGAGUUUUGACUUCUGUAUGUGCAAUCCACCUUUCUUUGAGAGUAUGGAGGAAGCUGGCCUUAACCCAAAAACUUCUUGUGCUGGAACUGCUGAAGAGAUGGCUUGCCCUGGUGGCGAGCAAGCCUUCAUAACACAUAUAAUUGAAGGCAGUGUUUCCUUUAAGAACUCUUUCAGGUGGUUUACGUCGAUGGUUGGCAGAAAAGCAAAUCUCAAACUAUUAGUGUCCAAAGUUCGUGAAGCUGGGGCCUCAGUUGUGAAAACUACUGAGUUCGUGCAAGGACAAACAGCUAGAUGGGGCCUUGCAUGGUCGUUCAUUGCUCCAAGAAAAAAUGCUAUAAGAUCCAGUACACCAGGAAAAGUCCACCAUUCUUUCAUGCUUCAGGGUCUCCGACGUGGAAAUGGUGCGUUUCAGGUGUUGAAGUCUGCUGAGGCCUUUUUCUGUGCAUCUAAUCUAUCAUGUAAAACCGAUUCUGUGUCAUUUUCUAUCGAUGUUACAUUGUCAGAUGAGCAGACUCAGGCUGCAAGACUGGAUGGUGAUAACCUUCCUGGUUCUGUUGAAGACGACCCUACAAAGCUGCAUAGCACAGUUACAGGAGCAUCCUUCCGUAUUUCGGUGUUUGAACAGAUGCCUGGCACACUGUUAAUCAAAGGUUCAUUAUUGAACAAGUCAUUGUCAGGCACCUUCACAUCGCUGUUCUCCCAGCUGGAGGAGACGCUGAAGACGGAGUUGGUCAGCAAGGACCGGUAGCUCAAGACUCAAGUCCAUCCACCAUCAGGGGGGGCCUUGAUCAUGAACAGGCGGAUCAGGCUAUUAUUGUAAGCUCUGCUCGCCUGAACUCUUUUUCAACGCCAAGAUAUGCGAAGCGUGGGCAUCACGAGACUGACAGCAACGGUGGUAGCAACGGGCAAAGCGGUGACCGAAGGCGGCCUGCACUACCGCCCCGAUUCCGAUUCCGUCUCUCGCGCCGAUGCCUGCCUACCAGCAUGCUCCGUUGCUGUCACGGCGCGCCCCGUUGCUCGUCGUCCGAAUCUCGAAAGCGACUCCGGCGAACGGGCGCCCGUUCGAGAACCUUUGCCUUUGCUCUUUUCCGGAUUCUGCACACACGAGAAAACGAACCUCUUCUUUUGUUGGCGUGGGCGUGUGUGUGUGUGUGUGUGUCAUGCUUUUGGAGAUGCGCCGCGUCUGGCUCCGGUGGUUUUGAGCUGCACCGUGCAGGGAGGGAGCUGCCAUUUGCGGUCGACGUGUUCCGGAUACGCCUGCUUGUGUUAUCAGCCCGCCAGCCGAUUUUGACAGGCGUUUUCUGGUCAUCGGCUGAUGCUAUAUUAUAUCUUUCGGCCGCUCUUUGUUUUCUCUGUAUCUAGUCGUAUCUUUUUUCAACACAAUACAGACGCAAUCGUUUAUAUAUACAUAUAUACACUCAUUCCUAAUGCAA